CACUGCGGCGCAUGCGCAGUGCGUCUCGAGUAAUAGGGCGCUGAAAAGGAAGGAACGUAGUUCUGGACUCAACCGCAGCAGAAUUUCCAACUGAAAACGCCGUCAACAUAGUUGGAUUCUUUUCUAGCGUCGCGUCGUAUCACAGACUUUGAAACAUGGCCGAUAAAGAGGUGUAUGACGAUGCCGUGGAGGAAAGGGUCAUCAAUGAAGAGUACAAGAUCUGGAAGAAAAACACCCCCUUUCUGUAUGACCUGGUGAUGACUCAUGCGCUGGAGUGGCCCAGUCUGACUGUUCAGUGGCUUCCGGAUGUCAACAGGCCAGAGGGAAAGGACUACACGGUUCACAGGCUUGUUUUGGGGACACAUACGUCAGAUGAGCAGAACCACCUCGUGAUUGCAAGUGUCCAGGUACCAAAUGAUGAUGCCCAGUUUGAUGCCUCGCACUAUGACAGCGAAAAAGGAGCAGCCUUGGACUUUCCUGUCUUGUCAGAGUUUGGUGGAUUUGGUUCUGUAAGUGGGAAAAUAGAGAUUGAGAUCAAGAUCAACCACGAAGGAGAGGUGAACCGAGCUCGCUACAUGCCCCAGAACCCCUGCAUCAUUGCCACCAAGACUCCAACCUCUGAUGUGCUGGUCUUCGACUACACUAAGCACCCCUCUAAGCCAGAUCCGAGUGGGGAGUGUAGUCCUGACUUGAGGCUGAAAGGCCACCAAAAGGAAGGAUACGGCCUUUCCUGGAAUCCAAACCUCAGCGGCAACCUACUCAGUGCCUCUGAUGACCACACCAUCUGUCUAUGGGACAUUGGGGCCGGCCCAAAGGAAGGAAAGAUUGUUGAUGCCAAGACCAUCUUCACGGGCCACACAGCAGUGGUGGAAGAUGUUUCCUGGCAUUUGCUUCACGAAUCCCUGUUUGGCUCAGUUGCAGACGACCAGAAACUAAUGGUAUGGGACACUCGGUCCAACAACACGUCCAAAGCCAGCCACUCGGUGGAUGCUCACACUGCUGAGGUCAACUGUCUGAGCUUCAACCCCUACAGCGAGUUCAUUCUUGCCACUGGCUCUGCCGAUAAGACUGUUGCAUUGUGGGAUCUAAGGAACCUCAAAUUGAAGCUCCACUCCUUUGAGUCCCACAAAGAUGAAAUUUUCCAGGUACAAUGGUCUCCUCACAAUGAGACCAUCCUGGCCUCCAGCGGCACUGACCGACGUCUCAAUGUCUGGGAUCUUAGUAAAAUUGGGGAGGAGCAGUCUGCAGAAGACGCUGAAGACGGCCCACCAGAGCUCCUGUUCAUCCACGGUGGCCACACAGCAAAGAUCUCCGACUUCACCUGGAACCCCAACGAGCCGUGGAUCAUCUGCUCCGUGUCUGAGGAUAAUAUCAUGCAAGUCUGGCAGAUGGCAGAGAACAUCUACAACGACGAGGAGCCAGACAACACCCCUGCAUCAGAGCUGGAAGCUCAGGGAUCCUAAACCCAGCUCUGCCCUGUCCCUGUCCCUGUCCAGGCAUGACCCCUCCUCUCCCCUGAGCUCCAGACCCAGCCCAGUCUGUCCUGUCCCUCUCUAGUUUAUCUCAAAUUGCAAACUGAACAAUGUCAGGAGUUGGAGGCGGCUCAGACUCCAGUCUUGCCAAUCGAGAGAUGGAUUCAGUCUCCUGCUGCUUACACUUCACUGUGGCCCUGCCUGGUACCCAAAAGCACUUAAGCACUUGCAGUAGAUAAAGAUUAGAAACGCUUUCCCUGCUCAGGUGGUCGUAUUUCCGUUUUAUGUGGAAUGACAUGUUGACGUGAAGGGCCUUUGAAGAUUGAAGAGCUGAAAACUUUUUAUGACCAAUUCAUUACAAAGGGCUUAUGCAAGGGAAACGCAGAAGUGGAACACUGCAUUUUGACGGUGGUCAGACAGAAAACCUGUAGAUGGUAGGAUCCCUGAAACCUGGACAAUAAAUGAAGAAUGUUGGAGGGUUGAAAUGCCUUGGAGAGACCUGAUCUUGGUUAAAAGGUAGCCAUGCUCAGGGAAGCUCUUUUAUACCCUUUUUUCACCAGAGGAGCACUUGUGGCUGUUAUAUUCAUUAGAUAAUGUUGUAUUCGGGUGUCAUGUCCUUUGAAGCAUUCCCUGCUGUUUACCAUGUGUGGUACUUCAACACUUCAGUAUUUGGCUCGUGUGAAGCAUUUGUGGGAAAGUUUAUUUUUCCUAUUGUUGCUGUUGUUCCAUUAAGUCAGACUUCUUGCACUGCAAACUGCAAUAACGCUUUUGUAACUUUUCAAAAACAAGUGUGUCCUUUAUGUAAACAAACAAACAAAAAAAAGAAUGAGGAAAUAAAUCCAUAGUUUUCCAUAUCCAUAGAAAAUUCUACAAAAUGUUUAUUGAAAAGCAAGACAGGACUUUAAGAACAAUGUACAAUCAAGAAGGGUGUGUGGGCUCAUCUUUGUUUUUUUAGUAAAAAUAAAAGCUCUCCAAAGCUA